CCAAAAUGGUAUCAGGGGAGUGUGCUGGGAUGCAGCCUCAGGAGGGCGGCACUCCUAAUCGCUGCCGCUUUCGUGCUCGUGGACAUCGCCUUUAUGGCGUACAACGUUUGGGAGCUUGUGAAAGCGCGCCUGGAUUGGCUCCUGUGGACAGUCUUCGGCCUCGAGACAGCCAACCUCGUAAUGGACUGCGUGCUGCUGGUGGGAGUCGUCAAGGAAAACUACAGAGCAAUAAUAGCGUGGGUGUGGGUGUCAGUCGCCCAAGUAGUGCUGACAGUCAUCGCAUCCAUUGUGUCCGCCUUCUACGUCAGCCCCGCCCCCGUGUCCGCCGCUGUCGUCAUCGCCGGCGUCAUCUUUGCUCUCGCCUACAGCAGCGCCGUCGUCGUCGUCCGCUCCUUCGGGUUGACGCUGCGUUCCUCCGAUGAGAGCCCCGCGUGAUGCCAGCAAUGACGUCAUGGAGCACUUACCACUGUUCGCCGUCAUGGCUGCGUGGAGGCAAGCGGACUCACGCCCUAAUAAUGACGAGGACACUGCAUUUGCUUGGGGGAAGGAGGCACAACAGCUAUCUAGAAACGGCAAAGAGAACUGGU